AUGCCGUCGCUCGCCAAACCCGAGAUCGAGUUCACGCCCGUUACCGACAGCAAGGGUGUUUUCUCCUCCAGCGUCACUUCACAUUCCAAUGGCGAUGGUACUUUCACCAACUAUCGGACUUACCUGCUCUCCCACGACCCGACUACGGGCGACAGAACGAUUUUGAAGGAACACUCUCCCGGCAGUGUCUGGGGAGGCAACCCGAGCGACAACUUCGACAAAGACACCGUCUGCUCGCAUGAUUACUGGGAGGAAUGCUACAUCAUCGAAGGCCGGUUCUACGACGUGGGCAAGGAGCAGUGGUUUGCUGCUGGCAGUUACUGCUGCAGGCCACCGGGGAUGCUGCACGGGCCUUGUAGGGCAGACGAGAAGGUCGGAUGUAGAGAAAUAUGUAUGGCUAGAUAUGAGCAGAAGUAG